ACCAUACAGCACAGUAUUUUUCUAUCUUUUCUUUUCCCCAGAGGAGAUUCUUGUCCUGUCAUUUUAUUGACAGACGUGCUAUUACAGGCUCUUUUCGCAGAAGUUGGCCGAAGAAGCUCAAGCGCUGCUGAUUCUUCCCUCCCAAGUUCGGUGGCUCCCCUGAUAAUGGAUUGCUUUUCUCAGAGCUUCCACCCUGGAGAGAACCCCCAGGUCUAGUCUGUGAACCCAGCUAGGAAACAUCACUAGUAAAAAUGACUGAAGAGCCCAUAAAGGAGAUCCUGGGAACCCCAACAUCUUCCAAGCCUGUGACAAUGGAGAAGAGCCCCAACACCGAAGUGGUGGUCACCACAGUCCCCUUGGUCAGUGAGAUUCAGUUGACAGCUGCUACAGGGGGUGCUGAGCUCUCCUGUUACCGCUGCAUCAUCCCCUUCGCUGUGGUGGUCCUCAUCGCUGGAAUAGUGGUCACUGCUGUGGCUUACAGCUUCAAUUCCCAUGGCUCCAUCAUCUCCAUCUUGGGUCUAGUCCUCCUGUCAUCUGGACUUUUUUUGUUAGCUUCCAGUGCCCUGUGCUGGAAGGUGAGGCAGAGGAGCAAGAAAGCCAAGAGACGGGAGAGUCAGACGGCUCUUGUGGCGAAUCAGAGAAGCUUGUUUGCUUAGGACUGAAUCCCCAAUGGGAUAUGUGGCCUGAAAACUUUCUCUCAGUGUGUCAUCCAAUUCACCCAGAACUAGAGUGGGAGAGAAUGAACGGUGCAGUGGGAGAGAAUGAUCGGUGCAGUGGGAGAGAAUGAAUGGUGCAUUGGGAG